CGGUAAUCGGCACUAUAUACUAGUAGAGGUCGGGACAAAAGGGAGAUCCUUUCCCUACCAAGUUUUUAAUCGCUCCAGCCCAACUUCAAUCUAACUCUUAUUAUAUCCUUAGCUUAUUCCAUUAAAUUCCCUCGCCUCUAUAGUCUUAUCAUGCUUGUUAGGCGUUUGGUCUUCGCAUACCUCUCCACCUUUCCGCUGGGUGAGUGUGCUCUCGGCGAUGCGGCGAAGGACUUAGGCCAAAUAGUCUCUCAUGGUGGGGAUGGAGGCCCGAGAGCUGCCGCGGAGGGCAUGGAUUUCCAUAGUACCAAUCCCACUGCCAACGGGGGUAUGCCUACAACAUCACCGAAAAUGCCGAAUUUAUUAGCAAAGGCAAGAACGCAACCUGCAGAUGCCGACAAGGAUAUCAUGUCUCGAUGGGCUAAAGACCCUGGAUUUGAAAUGCCCCGACUAGCCCCCCCUGACGAAUGGAGAAUCAAGACUUGGUGGAUUAAACACUGGACACCUAUAGGAAGAAGAUUGCAAACAGAGGGUCUGAGAGUGCUUGGUUGGCUUGCCCUGCCUUUUCAUCUUUUCACGCCGCUCAAGCAGCAAGUGAAACCAGUAUCAUUCAGCAGAUUGGCACGCAAGCAGACUGCAGCUUGGGAAAAACCAAAACCAGGGAUUUUUUCGGUAUUUAAAGAGUGGCUGAAAAAUAAAAUGGCAAUUGGUUCGAAGAAAGUGACGCCUGUGAUCCCUGAGAAAUAUCACGAAGAACUUGUGGAAAAGCUCGAAGGACCUGUCAAUAAGGAAGAUAGCGGAAAUCCCUUUGAAGGACUUGUUGAGCCACGCGAGUCAAAAUGGCGGACACCAGAAUAUCCACCUAUAUUUUCUAAAGACCCCUUGGUCGCAGAAUCUUACAAUGUAGGAGCGGAUAUUAAUGACUUAACAAAGGCUGGGGAAUCCCCGGAUUCAAUCAAGAAAACCCUCAUAACCAGAUUGUAUGAUCGCAAUCCGGCCGCUGCAUAUUCAGAAGCGGACGCGAAAAAGUUAGAGCAAUUCGUCACAUCGGAUGAACAUCUUUCAAUACUCCAGCGACUCUAUCUCAGAAAAAACGAACUUUUAGAGUUGCAUUGGAAAAUGCAAGGGGUUUUAAAUCGCGUGGUUUCUGCUUUAGGAGGAGAGGAUGAAACUAGCGAAACAUUUCGACAAAUCAUCCAAUAUCAUGAUAAAAUGAUCCACGGUGAAGAAAGCAGGAUUGGAGAUCCAGAAAAAAAAGUAGACAAGAAGUUCUUCGAGAGAGUGAACCCGUCUCCCUUGAUGCAAGAGUUGGACCCUGCGGCAUACCAGAUGCAUCUAUCACCGCUAUUAUACCUAGAAGAAGUUAUCAAACUUUUGGACCACGACGCAGUCGUUGGGCUCAAGGAUGCCAGCGGCUACAUUCAGAAUACGCCAAGACUCGAUGUGUUGAAGUCAGCAGCGGAAGAUGUCAAAAAAUACGCAAGUCUAUCCAGGGAGGUUGACAUACUCCAGAAAAAAGUAAUACAGAUGGGAAAAUACGUACCUGCAUUUACGAAAGCCCACUUCAAGGAUCAACGUACCAUGAAAAAUAUAUUCAAAGAUUUGUUAAGUCCUGAUAGAGUUUAUCCUGGAAUAAAAGGGGUAAAGAAAGCCUCUCCCUGAAGUCCUAAACUAUUCUACUUAUUGUUAUUGUUGAAUUUUUCUUACCAUUCCAUUUCUGAAAAUCAACUAUCUUGUAUAUUUUCUGUGUUUCAAGAUUCUUUUGUGCUUUGCAGGGUGCACACAUAUAUUGGUUUUCAUAUUUUCUUCCAAUUGCUCUAGCUUUUGUUUCAUUUUUAUUCUAAAUAUCUUAUCAGUAAUUUGGGCUCUGAUUGAAAAUACAGAUUGGUUUUUUGAAACCUUAGUCAUGGAGGAGAGAAAAUCAAAAGGCAUAUUUGUUAUUUGUAACAAUUUUUCUGAAUGGGGAACAUACAUUUGAUCAAACAAUAAAUUUUUAUCAAACUUUCACAGC